GUAAAAAUUUCCCCUUUUGUUUUUCCCACAUCCUCUCUCACACCUGGGCUUGUCCCUCUCCCUCUCUUCCAUUUUUCCAUUUUUCCCCCCAUUUUGUUCUUCAGCCCCUCCACUUAGCUCUAUUUUUCUUCCCCAAUUCCUCUUCUGUGAUGCAUUUUUGAUGCCUUCUUCUCAAUUUCACCUCCUUUUUCCAACCCCACAUUCUAUCUUCUAGGCUUUUCAGAUCGUGCUGUUUGUGUUCGUCGAAUUCUUCAGAAGCAGAACUUCAUUGGCUUGUUUCAACCAGAUUCGCUUGGGGUUCGCAAAAUCAAGUUGAAUGAGGUGGCAUAACGUUCUGUGUGGAAGUUUGCAUUUGAGAUAUGGAUUAAAAUUUAAGUUGGAUUAGGUGAAUGGGGAUUCAAACUAUGGGGUCUCAGGCCGGAGGUGAUCCAAAUGGCAAACAAUCACAAUUCCAGCCAUUGGUUCGUCAAAACUCGCUAUAUAGUCUCACACUUGAUGAGGUCCAAAAUCAGUUGGGUGAUCUAGGAAAACCAUUAAUCAGCAUGAACCUUGACGAGCUUCUUAAGAAUGUGUGGACUGCUGAGGCCAACCAGACCGCUGGUAAGGACAAUGAGGAUGAUACUGUGUUGGCCCAUCAAACAUCCUUACAACGUCAGGCUAGUCUUUCAUUGAACGGUGCUCUGAGUAAAAAGACUGUUGAUGAGGUGUGGAGAGAUAUUCAGCAAAGCAAAAACAGUGAGGAGAAGAAGUCUCGAGAACGGCAGCCCACCUUAGGAGAGAUGACAUUGGAAGAUUUUCUGGUGAAAGCAGGGGUCGUCGCUGAGACGUUGUCGGAUAAUAAGAAAGAUGCGGGUCCUGUUGUUGAAAUCGAUGCGAAUAUCACACCCCAGUUUCCGCAACAAGGGCAGUGGAUACAGUACCCUCAACCUCAAUAUCAGCAACAAGCAGCAAUGAUUUACAUGUCAGGUCAGCCCAUUACCCAACCACUACAUGUGGGGACUGGUGGUGUGAUCGAUGUUCCAUAUGUGGACAACCAGUUGGCAUUACCCACACCUUUGGUGGGAGCUUUAUCUGACACACAGACAUCUGGAAGGAAAAGGGGAGCACCCGAAGACGUGAUUGAGAAAACUGUCGAGCGUAGGCAAAAGAGGAUGAUAAAGAAUCGGGAAUCUGCUGCUCGUUCACGAGCAAGGAAGCAGGCUUAUACCAAUGAACUGGAGAACAAAGUUUCACGUUUGGAGGAGGAAAAUGAAAGGCUCAGGAAACGGAAGGAACUGGAGAAGAUGCUACCGUUGGCUCCCUCGCCCGAGCCAAAGUACCAGCUUCGGAGAACAUCGUCAGCGCCGUUCUAACCUGCACAUCAGCUCUCUCUCUCUCUCUCUCUCUCUCUCUUCCUCUCUCACUCAUAAAGGUCUAUGUUGGUUCUUCUUGUUGAUAGUUUGUUUGUAACUAUCAUCAGGUUUUGUUUGUACUUAUUAGAGCUCUGUUAUAUUAAUCAGUGGUAGAGAGAUUCUCAUGGGACCAUUGUAACUUUGAAUGUCUCUAUGAUUUGUCAUAUAAAGUUUUUUAGUUGAGCUUCAAAGCAAAAAAAAAAAAAAA